AUGUCUACCGCCCAGGAGCUCUCCAACAUUUCCUCGGACCUGAUCUGGGAGAUCGUCCGUGACAACAACUGCUUCUCCGCCAAGAGCAAGAAGAACGGCGGUGUUCAGUUCUCCCGGGAUCCCCUCAACCUGACCAACAAGAGCUCCCGAAAGCACGCCGGCUUCGUCAACGACAAGGCCGUCGGUAUCGCUGCUGGUGAGAAGGGUGCCGUUGUUGUCACCACCAAGAAGGCUCAGCCCAACAAGCCCGCCCAGAACAUCACCACCACUUCUUACAGCGGCUCCAAGAGCAACCGCAAGACCUACCAGGCCGUUGCCAACCAGGUCGCCAAGAACUCUUACCGCGCUGACCUCCGCUCCGCCGCUGUCGAGCGUGCUUCUGCCAUCAAGAAGUCCCACAAGCCCGUCAAGCCCGAGCCUGAGCAGAAGCUCCGUGGCAACAAGGCCAAGAAGGCCGCUGCCGCCGCUGAGGAGAACUAA